AUGUAUGUUUAUGAGUUAGAAGCUGGUUUUGGACACACGGGGGCGGGGCCACAGAUCUCAGAGGACUCUCCCCGGGGGCGGGGCCACAGAUCUCAGAGGACUCUCCCCGGGGGCGGGGCCACAGAUCUCAGAGGACUCUCCCCGGGGGCGGGGCCACAGAUCUCAGAGGACUCUCCCCGGGGGCGGGGCCACAGAUCUCAGAGGACUCUCCCCGGGGGCGGGGCCACAGAUCUCAGAGGACUCUCCCCGGGGGCGGGGCCACAGAUCUCAGAGGACUCUCCCCGGGGGCGGGGCCACAGAUCUCAGAGGACUCUCCCCGGGGGCGGGGCCACAGAUCUCAGAGGACUCUCCCCGGGGGCGGGGCCACAGAUCUCAGAGGACUCUCCCCGGGGGCGGGGCCACAGAUCUCAGAGGACUCUCCCCGGGGGCGGGGCCAAAGUCUCUCAGACUGUCACUGCAGACACUUUUUUUGCACAUUUUGUUGACGUUAAGAAUGUCUCGGGUUUACGUUUAGGAUUUUACCGUCUUUGCCCCAAACUCAAUCCACGCAUCGAGGAGAACAACGGAAGCAAACUUUAA